AUGCUUUUGAGCCGGGUUUUCGGGUUUAAGCACUCCUGCAUUUUCGAGGCUGUUGAUAAACUCGGUACCUAUUGUAAAGUCCAUCUUAUUAUCUAUUUUUCUACUAAAUAUUUUUUGGGUUAUCCCAUACCUCUGUAUCACAAAUGGGUCGACCGUUAUGCACGAGAUCGCUUGCUUGGAAUUGAGUGCGACGAGGAUCCUUGUCAUACUGCUGUGCUAUUCUGUACAGUUUGUGAAAGCCAUUUAUGUGAAAAAUGCGCGGAUACAUCGCAUGACACUAAUGUUCUCUCGAAGCAUCGUCGUAUUCCUCUCAGCGAAAAACCUGCUUCUACGGCUAAUUGCCGUAUACAUAACUCAUAUCCUAUUGAGUUCGUUUGCAAAGAAUCCGGUUGUAGCGAUAGAAAUGGUCUGAUGUGCAUUUUUUGUAGAGACUAUGGCUUACACAAGGUCCACUCACAUUUCAAUAGGCUCAGGGAAGCACUUUGUCGUGAUGAGGAAGCAGCAGUAAGUGCGCUGACUACGCACGUAACUUCAAGAGUGACUACUUUGAAUGCCUAUAUUGAAAAUCUGGACGCAGUUUCGAGCAAG